CGUCACGCGUGGGAAGAGUCCAAAUCAAAACUUCUCCUCGAAGCGAGCCGAUCAUCGACGCGCCAAAAAGCAUUUCGAUUCGCUAUCUGUUCGAACAAUUUUAAUUGUUUUUUAUUUAUAAAAGUAGGAUGCGGCGCCCACUCAUUACUCAGUAAUCGGUUCCUCACUACCGCUACCAUUGACAGCAAGCCUCACCCAACUCCUAUCAAGCACACUCCAGAAUGACAGGAAAGGAAGCAUAUGGAGUGAACGCAUCAAAAUUCGGCAAGGAGGACGUGGUGCUCAAGUCUUUGCUUGAUGCUUUUGGUUCUACAUUUUCACUUGAUGAAAUAGCUUCUGCCUAUUUGAAGGCAGACUACAGUGCAGAUUUGGCUGCUGAAAUCUUGUACCAAACGCAGGGAAGCACCCCUAGCUCCGCAUCUAAUGGCAAGAUAGGAAAUGGAGAUAAUUUGUGUAAAGGUUCUGAGAAUUCAUACCAAGGCAAUGGGAGCCAAAAAACUGCAAAGCCAAAGAUUCAGCCUUUCUCAGCAGGCACAGUUUCGAGCGUUAUUGGUAAAGAAUAUGCUAGGUCGAAGUCAUCAGCAAAUCAGUUUACUCAGGUAUAUAAACCGGUGAAGGUGGGGGUAAAGGUUUUGCAUGAAUCUUCGAGUGAAGGAGAUUGUACGAAUUUCACUAGCGAGUCCCACCUGCAUCAAGAUAUGGAAAAUUUCCUCUUCAAAAUGCUUGGGGAUGGGUUCAGGUUGAAGAGGGAAGUGAUUCGAGAAGUUCUUGGUAGUUGUGGAUAUGAUAUGAAAAAGAGCAUGGAGAAUUUGCUUAAUCGGUCAACAAUUCCAGUGGAGGAAAGACGUGGUUCGGGUAAUAAGCCCAAUGGCACGACUACAGCUUCGUCUUCAAGUCCUGGAGGGAAUGGAAAUAUGGCCUCAAGCAAAAAAGGCUUGGAGUUGACUAACCUGGGGAAGACUAGAUUCGAUCUUCAAAAGGAGAUUCUAACUACUUUAUUUAAUGCUUCUGAGGAACCAGAAGAGGAGUUACCAAGAAGAAGAACAGUAUCAAAGAUGAAGCGGUCUGGAGCAUUUGGACAGUUGGUGAGUGAACCAUUCAAAGACAUGGAUGCAGAGGAUGAAAAGCAUGUGGAACAUCAGGCGGAGAAUAGUUUGGAUGUUGACGAUGAAGAAAAUACAUACCAACUUCUUCGUAAGGCUGUUAGGGAGUACCGGGGCACAAUGAAUGAAUAUUAUGCAGCGGCCAUAGAUGUAUUUGCUAAAGGGGAUUAUGUUCGAGCAGCCAAACUCACAGAUGAGGGGCACUUUUUUCGUAAAAAGGCUCAAGAAGCAGAUGAACAAUCGUGCCAGUUAAUUUUUGACCCCAGAAAUGCAGAUACUGAAGAUGAUGAAAUAUUGCUUGAUUUGCACAACCUUGGUGGCAGGGAGGCAGUGAGCGUUUUGAAGUCUCAAAUUUCUUCGCUAUCUCAAAUCCCAUCAAUCAAACAUCUUAAAGUAAUAAUAGAGGCAAAUGAUAAAGAUACCUCGAAACGGUCUUGUAGACGUUUGGUUAUGAAGCUCUUGGAGAAAGAGUCAAUUGAGUGGACUGAGGAAGAAAACGGCGGUUUCAUUCUUAUUCGUUUGGAUACUAUCGAUCGAAAACAAUUAAGUUUCGUAAAAAAAAUGCAUGGAUAACAAAUGGGUUGCAAUGGAACUGAAAGAACCCGAAACAAGAAACCGAUGGAAGAUUAUUUUAGUUUCAUCACGGGAGAAGACCUUUAUAUUUUUGUGCUCUCUGAAUCUAAAUCCACAGCACCGAGUGUCUGGUGUAUGUAUGUGGCCAAAAGCUUGUAUUUUUUUUUAAAAUUGCUUGAUGCAACGAGUUGUGUAAGCAGUAAAGCCAUGUAUUUUUGAAAUAGGUUAAUAGAUUAUGUAGAAAUAUAUUUGAAAAACACACUAAAGCACACUCCCCAUAAUAUAGGAUAUGUGAUUGUUUUUCUUUUCA